AUGUCACAACCGGCGAAACGUGUUGCUGUUAGCUCUGUAAAUUGGGCGAAAUUGGCUGAGAGAUUAGUUCCAGAACAUAAGAAAGAAUUGGAUCGUUUGAAAAUGCAGAACUCUUCAUUUCAUGCCGAGGUUGUUCAGCGUGAACAAGAUCUUCCAAAAGUUGAUUGGGCCGAAUUGAAAAAGCAAAUGCCUGAACAGUCGGCUGCGCUUGAUACUCUUAAAAAACAAUGGGAAUCGCUGAAUAUCUCUUAUGGAACUAUUCCAGAAAAUUUUCAAAAGGAAAUUGACAAAUGGAUUCAAUAUAAUCAAGCACGUUUACAAUUUACCGAGCAGAAGAUAAAGGACGGACUCGAUCGUGUUAAGAAGGUUGAGGAGAAAUGGGCCAAAGCGCCACCAGUUGAGCAUAUGUAUCUAAAUUUCCACCACAUCACUUUCUUUCCGCAUGAAUUUGGAUAUGCAGAGAAACAUGGUUAUGCUGAUUGGCGUAUCCAUCACGAUGAUGGUGAAUGGCGUUAUUUCGAUUUAUUCUUUAAAGAACAAAAUGCCGAUGAGGAGUCUUACUAUCGUCGCCGCUAUCAUGAUUAUAAUGUCUAUCCGGCUGCUGGUAAUCCACUAACUGGUCUUGGAAUUCCUGAUGGAUCUGGACAGCCAAAAGAGCCAAAGCAUUGGCCUGUUCCGUUGACUGAAUUGGGCCGUAAUUAUGUUAAGCAAUUGAAGGAACGUAAGAGACAGGAGAAAUUGGCGGGUACUGCUGUUCCUGUUCGUGUAGACGAUCAUUGA